AUGCCGGAGAAGCUUGCAUCAACACUCACUGCCAAAGAUACAGUUUCUCAAGCUAUAGAUGAAUGUCUCGCAUACUGCAAGGAACAAGAUAUAUCAGACCCAGUUGAGAUAUUACGAUGCGCCCAGAAAUUCAUUGUGAAGGGUAAGCCACUAAAUGGUUACACUGGUGCUGCUGGUGAGUUCAGUGAUGAUAGAUCAAGUUUCAUUCUCAUAAGUCGACAUGAUGUGCUUGGAACAGCUUUGGAAGAAAUGUCGUGCAUUGAAGAUGUUCAGCUAUCCCUUGAGGUAUCCUUCUAUGGCGAAAAUGCACAAGAUGCUGGCGGUCCUAGAAAAGAGUUUUUUCGGUUAUGUUUACAAGAAAAAAAGCAGAAAUACUUUGACAAUGGUAUAAAAGAACAUCUGUCAGAGGACUAUAAAGUUGUUGGUUUGAUUAUGGCUCUCAGUAUAUUGCAAAACGGAAAAAUGCCAAGGUUCCUUAGCGAAGACCAACUGGAAACAGUUUUUCUGAAUGGCACCACCUCCAGCAGCCUGACUAACCUCACGCAAGGUCUUAACAACCUGGGUUUAUGUGACAUUGCCAAACAUCUGCCAACCUUUUUAUAUCUUUUUCGACCCUCUUCAGCUUCAUUGCUAACAAGAAGAAAACUUGUGCACAUUCUUAAGCCCAACUUUUCUGAAGAUGGAUGUAAUCAGCGACAGCAUGAGAAUAUAGUCUAUGCGGCAUUUUCCAAGUACUGCAGAGAAGCUGCUGGUGGUAAAAGAGGCAAUAUUACCCUAGAGCAUAUAUUACAGUUCACAACCGCAACUGAUGAAGAACCUGUUCUCUUGUGUCAUCCAAGUCAUCAAGUAAAUGGUCAUUUAUUCCUACAGCAAACACUUGUGGUAAUACACUACAUUUGCCUUGCCCUGAUCAUAGUGUAG